CCCAGGUAUGACCAAUGACGUCAGCAAGGUAGCGCACACUCACAGCUCCUUUCCGGUGUAGGCUUCUGCAGUGCGCUCGAGUUCCUGGUUGACAUUAAUAUUGAAGAUCGUUCUGUGGACAUCAGGGGAUUUUCUAGCCCUUCCGUCUACUAUGUCCUCCAGAGGCAAAGGUGAGGGGUGUCUGGUGUGUGGGGGUGACCUGCACGGUAACCAACGGCGAUGGCUCUUUGGGGGUCAGAACAAGAAAGAUGGUCAGCCUCAGACCCCAUCAGACUCACCGGGUAGAGGAAGUCUCUCCAGGUCUUCUCAAAGCAGCCCCUGGGGUAGCACCAUGUCCCUUGGCUCCACAACGUCUCUCUCCUCACUGUCCUCACCCACUAAAGCAAUGGACCUACUCUCUGUGCUGACCCACAUACUAGGCCAGCCCGUACCACGGGGCAGUGGGCGGGGGGAGUUCUUGUGUGGCAAAUGUGUUUCAGUUCUAGAGCGGGUUUUCAAGUUUGACUCUGUCAUUUCCAGAGUGAGGGUCUUAUCCUCCGAGAGGCUUCAGAAGUUGACCCAGGAGAGGGACAAGGUCAGGCAGUGGGUACGUAGCGCUUACUGCCAGCGACACCCUCAGGAUUCCAGGAUGAGGAGCAGCACUAGUGAGGAGGAUGGUGAGGGAAUGGGAGACAGAGAGGGUUACAACGAAAUGUUGAAGGAGAACAUGGCCCUGUCAGAGUAUGAGUGCUGGUCUGAGAAAUGGGACGCAUGUCCAUACUUCAGGAGAACGGGGAAAAGAUGCACAAAGGGGAAAAAUUGUGAAGGAUGUGAUUCUCUGAGGGUGUCCGACUCCGCCUAUGAGUCAGUUUGUGGGGUUCCCCGCCGCCUACCCUUCCAACCCUUUCCCCCCUUGGCCCUAUCGAGGAAUAAGUCGCAGAGCAUGCCUCUUCAUUGGUCAAGAGUGCCGUCGCUAAGCUCUAGUCCAGCGUCAUUGGCUGGAUCCACUCUCUCCUUACGAGCGUCCUCUCGCACUGAGUCCAUCCAAUCACUGGAUUCACUGGAUUGCUGUGAUCCAUUUUAUUUUCCAGGUGAUUUGUCACUCCUGGUCCUCAGAGAGUUGAAAGGUAUUGAAGGAAAGCCUGUCAAUUCACCUUCGGGGAGUAAGAUUCCCGUUUUGGUAAAGAGGGAAGGGCGAUAUUCAGGAGAGGUAGGUGAGACAUCCCCCUGAGGUAACAAGGGUGCUGAAUUUUGGAGAGCGGGAGAAUGGAGGAGAGGAAGUUGCUGGAGAGUCCAAUGACGUUUUGACUGAAUUGAGGGACGAGUUUAUUCCACUACACAGAGAGGUGAGAUUUCUCUUGUAUUCUAUCAAAAUCCAGCAUACCAAAUAACGACAGGAAGUUAUUAUGAGUUGGACCAGGAUUGUUUCCUGACGACAACACUUUGGGUUCCCAUAGCCUAUAAGUGAGCCAUUCCCUGGUCAGGAAAAUAUCUCUGCCCUAAAUGAGGAUUUUCCGACAGGUUGCCUUGCCUGUAGUCUGUGGAUCACUCCGUCGAUCACGGAGUAUAAAUAUUUACUUAGUGGUCUGUAAUAUGUCAUCUAGGAUCUAUCAUGUCUGUAGCCAGUACAAAGGUCCAACUCUGAAUCUUUUCUUACUUAUAAAUACAGGAAUAGGACUUUAACAGAAUUAAAAGUGACAAUUUAUGUCUUUCACAAAAUGCAGUUUUCUUAUUUUUUAUUUCAGAGCAAUACAGGCCGAGUGCACUUUGCAGUCAGACAGUUGAGAGGACAGCUUGAUCAAGCUAUGGCACGCAUCAAGACCCUUGAAACUGAGCUUAAACACAGGACCAAAACCAAACCAGAUACCAAUGUCAGUGGACCAAAGGAUUGGAUUAAGUUGCCGCAGAAGGACUGUGGAAACUUGCUUCUGCAGAGUUUGGGGCAUUCGCUGCACAGCAGAGACCGAGUUAUCCAGGACAAUGACCCAACACGCCUCCAGGCUGUGUAAGGGUUAUUUGACCAAGAAGGAGAGUGAUGGAGUGCUGCAUCAGAUGACCUGUCCUCCACAAUCACCCGACCUCAACCCAAUUCAGAUGGAGUGCAUGUGUCUGAUCAGGAAGAUGUGUGUUGAGGUGGGGACAGGGACAGGCGUGGCUGACAGACUAACACAGGCACUCACUGACAAUCUGAAACAAACUCUCUCCGACAAUAAGCAAGCCCUGGAGGCUCUGCGCUCAGAGAUGAGUGAGAAGGAGAAGAGGAUGGAGAGCGAGCUGGAGGCACUGCAGAAGGCUGGGAGAGACCGGGAGAAAGACCUCUCCACACUUAACACUGUACUCCAAUGUAACCAGUACAUCAUCAAUGAACUGAGAGUGGCGCUGGUUGAGAAGGAGCGAGUGCAGCAGGAGGUGCAGAAGGAGAAGGAAGUGUGGAGACAGCGGGACCUGGCCCUCAAAGCAGUCCUACAGGAGAAAGGGUCACUUCUCCUCUGCCUGAAGGAGGCGCUAGAAAGCUCUCAGAAAGACAUGCAGGCACUGUCGGACUCUGUGAUUAGCCAAGGGGUAUCAGGAGGCGGGGCAGUGGGGGCUCUGGCCUCUCAGCUGGAGGAGAAGGAGAGCCUGGUGAUAGCCUGGCUUCAGGACAGAGAGGAGCACAGCGCUACCAUGUGCCGGGAGGUCUCCAAACUCACCACCGCCCUUCAGGACUAUCAGGGCAUAGUGCAGGAGCAACAGCAGAAUCAUAGUCAGACGGUGUCUUCACUGUCAAAGCAACUCAACGACACACGCAACGACCUGAGAGAGAGAGGGAUCGAGAACAAGGAGACACAGCGAGCCUGGCGGAGCGAAAAGGAGGACAAAGAGCGGGAGGAGAGGAAAUUGAGGGAGAGCCUGGAGAAGAGAGACAAACUCAUUGAGCAAGUUCUCCUGGAUUCCGAGGAACGGGAUCAUCUACUCAAAGAACUUCAACAGAACCUGCUGAACAAAUUUGAACCCAUGAUUGCUGUCAAACACACAUUAUGAAAAAGACAAAGAAGAUAGUGAGAGAGCAAAAAAUGUGGAACCAUGAAGGUACAAUGCACAUUUUAUAUAGAUGAGUUGCAUGAACCAGCACUUUCUUGCACCACAGGUAGUUUACUACUAACUACAAUUAUAUGUAGGCCUAUUUAAAAGGUUGUGUUUUACACAUUUGCAGUAGUUGAUCUUCCCUUGGCAGGCAAGCCUUGGUUUUUGUGUUAAAACAAUUUAUGUCCUUUACAAAACUCCUGACUGGAUAUUUGUCAAUAAUGAUAAUGUUAUUGCUCCAUUUUGGCAUCAUUCUUAUUUGUGUAUUCAUAUUCACUGAUUUCAUUGAUGAAGUAUGCUAGUAGUUAAUGUCUGACAUGGACUAAAGUAUAUGUUGAAUUUGCUUAAAUGGUACUCUGUCAAUGAAAUAUAUCAAUACAGAUGGUUCAAUCAAAUCCUUUCAUUGACUGAGAGUACAAUUUAUGCAAAUUCAAAAUACACUCUGGGCAAUGUCAGACAUUGACUAACUACUAGCAUGGGACAUAGGGAAAUGUGUCAUGAGAUUUGUUAAUGUGUCCUUCAGGGCAUAGUGUAGUGCAACCUAAUUGAUAAAUGCUAUCAGAAGGGGGAUUAUUAUUGUGUUGAAUUUGGACCGUUUGAAGUUGCAGUUUCCCAAAAGCUUUCUUUAUUUGUCUCAUACUGUAAGUUCUGUAUUAUUAUUUUUUCUGAAUGUGCCAUUUUGGUUAUUUUAUUCAUUCUGCCAUUUUCUUUACACAUUCGAUUACAUCAUACUGCUUGGUAUUUUGAUUGUCAUGAAGGGGUUAAUAUUUUUGACCCCAAAAUAUUUAUUUGGACUUUUUGGGGGGUUUAUUUUUACUUCAGAAUGGUUUGAUAUGUUUAUUUUUGGAAAAGGUUAAUAAUUUUAUGUCUGUCUUGUUUUUAUGUUCUGUCUUUUAAUGUUCUGUUUCCUUUUUUUCAUUUUGUAUUCGACCUACUGCCUGUCUUUUGGGGUUUUGCUGCCAUGUUUUCAAUUUAAGUCUUUGUGAGAUUGAGAAAUAAACCUCACUUUUUGAUCA